CAUAUAGGUGCUGUCACAUUUUAAACUGAGAAUGCCACUGUUAAUGUUUGGAAGAAGACCCGAAUCGGUUCUCUUCCCGUUCGAAUAAUGUAAUACGCUGUCUGAAAUUAUAAAAAUAUUCGCGCUUAAAGUAAAUCCUUUAUUUAAACUUAGCAGCUACUAACGAUAUCAUUAGUGAAAUUUAAUACUUUCGUGUUAUAUGUGAAUAGUGUUGCACGUGUGUCGACAAUUAUUUAGAAAAAAAAAAGGGUAUGCUUCAACAUCGGCAUGGGUAGUAUGUUAAAACAAUUAUUGACAGGAAAUAUUCACAAAAUUCGAGAAUUUGAAUUGGAAAAGGUAAAUCUCGCAGAUGAGUUCGAUAUUUUGCAAAUUGUAGGCGAGGGUUGGUUCGGGAAAAUCCUUCUUGUAGAACACAAAGCUACUGAUACUGAAAUGGUUUUAAAAGCACUUCCGAAACCUUACACGGCGCUCAAAGAUUUCUAUAGGGAAUUCCAUUACGGACUACAUUUAGGCGUACACAAAAAUAUAAUUACUGCUUAUGAUGUAGCAUUCGAAACAGCAGGAUUCUACGUUUUUUCCCAAGAAUACGCUCCACUAGGUGACUUGACAUCGAACGUAUCGGAAAUAGGAAUAGGGGAACUUCACACGAAAAGGGUAGCGAAACAAUUAGCAGCAGCUCUAGAUCAUAUGCACGCGAGAGAUUUAGUUCAUCGCGACGUUAAGCUCGAUAAUAUUUUGGUAUUCAAAUCGGAUUUUUCGCGAAUCAAAUUGUGCGAUUUCGGAGAAACUCGCAGAUCGGGAACGGUGGUUUUAAGAAGAAACGAAUGGUUACCGUACGCAGCACCGGAAAUUUUAUUAGUACCAACCGAUGGGACAUAUAAGGCUCAAACUUCUCACGACGUAUGGCAAUUCGGUAUAGUUAUUUUCGUUUGCCUAACCGGAUGUUUACCGUGGCAAAAAGCAGCUAUGGAUGAUCCCAGAUACGUCAGAUACCUUUCUUGGCAAAAUUCCAACAUACCUUUAAAAAGACAACCGAAGCUAUUCAAAUUGGUAUCGUCCAAAGCUCAAAGAUUGUUCAAGAAAUAUUUGGAACCGAGAGCAGAAAAAAGACCGGCCGGUUUAGCCGAAGUUCAUAGAUACCUCGACGAUAGAUGGAUGUCGAAAGGUAUGGAAAAAUCUAACGAAACGCUCAAAGAAGACGAAGGAUUAUGCCCGUCAAUGUACAGUUUCCACAGCAGCCCCGAAGAAAAAAACAAACUACUCUACAGCCUUACACAAUACGGUUUAGAAACGACCGUAGAUAGAGUAGCUAAAAAGAACAGAAUCAGAGAAUGGAUACAGAACAGCGUAAUUGAAGAAGAUGAUGAACCAACCGAGGAAUUAGAUGAAGAAAAUAUCAAAAUACACGAUAACCAAAACGGUCCUUUGGGAGAACGAGAAUCUAUUACCGAAAGAAAAAUUAAAGAUAUCAAAAGACGAAAUCAUAGACAAAGUAGAAUUAGGGAUGAUAUACCUUAUAAACCACCAAUAGAUCCCAGGAUACCAUUGGAACAUCAAAAAAUUUCAAAGGAAGUGACCAAUUUUGAAAAUGGUAUAGGACAAACUAAAAUACCAAAUUCUCUAACUUCGUCAGAAAGUGCAAUUAGUAGUGAAUCUAGCGUUACCGUUAAAUAUAAAAUUAACGUCCAGUUACCCCAAAUUUGAUGAUAAUGAAGAUACCGAACUAAUUGUAUAACAGAAAACGUACCUGAGUGAAAACUAUCAGCUCAAUUAAUUGAAUAAGUGAUGUUUGAUUAUGGAAUGCCCUAAAUAACAUUUUAAACUACAACACGAAGAAAUCCUCACAUAAAGAAAACAUUUUUUUAACACAAAACGUGUCACAUAAGAGGAAUUGAAUCUUGUCUACAGCAUGAUCAUUUUAAAAUAAUAAACUUUCCUAAA